AUGGAUCGCGACCGAGGUCGAAGGUUUGAUGAUGGGGAAGUCGUUAGAUACGGCGCUGGAGAGUCAUGGAGGCCCACUCCUCGAGACCGGUCGCCUAGGCGGGUCAGAAGUCCGGUUAGAGAGCGAGCAAGGACCCCUCGACCUAGAAGUCCACGUCCCCGGAGUCCAAUUCCUUCUGGAUCCGAUAGCUAUGUGCCUGGCAGAUAUCCACCACGUCGUAGGUCGAGAAGUGGAGGAGACCGAUACCGGCGAGAGCGAUCAAGAGAACGCGAGAGUCCGCGCCGGCGGGAGCGUAGUAGGUCUAUGCGGCGGCCGUCUCCUCGACGUAGCUUGUCCCGGAGAAUUUCUCCCCCUCGUGGAGCGGAUAGAUAUGAAAGGCCUCGGUCCCCUGCCCCUGGCAGAGAUUGGGAACGCGAUCGUGGGAGGAUCAGAGAUCGAGAAUGGGACCGUGACAGAGUACGUGAUAGGGGACGUGACUUCGAGCGGCGUGACGAAAGGUGGCGAUCUAGGUCUCCAUUUAGUGUGAUUCGCCGCGACAGAACUCCUCCUGUGCGGUCCCCCGUGACAGGUCCUCGUGGUGGUUCAUAUAGGCCACGUUCGCGUUCCAUUAGUCGACGCGGAAAUGACCGAUGGCAGUCAUACAGGCGCGUCACCCCCCCGAGAGAAUCUGGAAUCUCAUCUGCGAUCACUUCUCAGUCAGCUUCUGGAAGAUCCUCACCACGACCGAGUUCCGUAAGAGCUCGUUCACCACUUCAGUCUCGAGAAGAGUCUCCCCAUCAUCAUGCCAUGGCCCCAACAAGGGAGACACCAAGACCUGGACUUUACGAUACAAACACAUCAGCCCCCACUCGAUCACCUCCACGAGGCCCUGCAGCGCUGAGAGCACCUCCAACCGGCCCGGCAGCAAACAGAAAUCCCGCAGGGCCAGUAUCUUCACCAGCCCUGCCUCCUCCCGCUCGGACCCAGACACCUACGGCCCCUCCUCUACGUUCAGGGACCACAAGCCCAACAGUCCCCCCAGCUGGCCCACGAGGUUAUGUGCCUCCAGCUAGAGGUGGGUUUGCCCCCCGAGGAGGUAGAGGUGGUUGGAAUCAAGCACCAGCAAGACACAUUUCAGGACCUUCACCGACUCCUUCAACCCCCAAUGGACCUUCAGCUAUUCCCACUGGCCCACGUGCGACUCCGUCAAAUACAUCGUCAGCCACAACAACGACGCAAUCUCGGCCGUUCAAUCCUCCGACUGGGCCAUCAGCCCAACAUGCUGGUAGCGCACGGCAGACUUUGGCGCAAUCCAUGCUCGCGACCCUACCCCCCAUCAUCCCCGGCGGCAAGUUGGAUCCUUCCAUGACGCCUCUCGCUCUUGGCGUAACUCGAGAACUUGAGCCACAUUAUCGCAAGCUGAAGGACGAGGAGGAAAAGUUGAGAGAUGAAUUGCACGCGAAGCAAGAGCGGCUACGAAAAAGUCUGUACACGUGGAAUAGACUCGAACGUGACUCGCGAGCGUGGGAGAUGCGAAGUGACCUGAGCGAGAAGAGCAUGAAGAACCUAGCUGGUGAAGGUAUGGGUGGUGCCGCAUUUUAA